ACUACCGUUAAACCGGAAGACACGGACGAGCCAGAUUUCAUUAAGAAUUGCGACAAUUUUAAAUUCAAAAAAAUUCUUAGAUUGUUGCAUCACGUCGACAGGAAGGCUGCUGUUCUUGAUCGGUAUCCCGGGAGCAAAAUUUUAGACGUUAAAAUUAUUUCCGUUGACAGCGGUUGUCGUGGCAAGGGAAUUGCAGCUGCACUUUGUCAAAAGACUGUAGAUAUCGCCAAGGAAUUAAAUUACAACUAUAUCCGCACUGAUGCAAGUUCUCACUACACCGCAAAACUGUGCAAGCGUCUAGGCUUCGAGCAAAUAUUCGAACUCAUGUACAAGGAUUACGUUGACAGUAAUGGAAAAUCGAUCUUUACACCUGCUUACCCUCACAGUUGUAUAAGUACCUUCAUUAAAAAAUUGUGA